AAAAAAAAAUGGGUGGAAACCUCAUGGCCAAGUUGUAGAAAAAAAUAGUUGAAGUGUGCCUAUCUUGGAGCGGAGCCCCUCCCUUCUGCUGGCCGCGCGGAGUGGGAGCCCCAGGUGCAACGGAGAAGCGGGGUUCACGGUCCAGAAGCUGGUGACCCUUUCCUGGCCCCCAUCCCCCCACCGCAGUGAGCCCCACCGCGUUCUCCCCGCCGCCGCGUGGCGAUGAGCAGCCCGGUCAGCACGCCGCCUCCCGAGCGCCUCGAGCCUGACCCAGGGAUGUCCUACGGCGUUAUGGAGAUCGCCAUCAUUGCAGCUGUGAUCACUGCUGUGGCCUUGGUCCUGGUCUGCCUCCUCUUUCUCAUGCUUCGAUACCUGUACAGGCACAAGGGCACCUACCACACCAAUGAGGCCAAAGGCACAGAGUUUGCAGAGAGUGCCGACGCAGCCCUGCAAAGUGACCCCACCCUCCAGGAUGCCGGGGACACCAGCAAGAAGGAAUACUUUAUCUGAGAGGGAACAGACUUGACAUCCCUGCAAGAUGCUUCUGGUUGCAGGAGAGAAAGUACCCCCACUGUGUGACACCAUUAUCAGCACCAGGAAGCCCUCAAGGGCACCCCAAGACUCUUACUGCAGAACACUGGGUGCUUGCCAGGAAACCAAUACCGAUGGGAGGAAUCACAGUGCAGAGUACCUCUUCCAGGGACUCAGUGGCCACCCAGUGGCGUUGGCUCCUCAAGGAAGGGAGAACAUCUGGAUACACAGGUCUCCCUGGGCAAUGCAGGUGUCAUCUCACCAGCAAGAAAGUCCUCCUCAGUAUGCAUGAGGUGGUCUGGACCUGGAAAUGGGGUGUAUAGAAGCAGCACACCUAGAAGCUGCCUGAGAUAAUGACAUCAAGUGUCAGUCACCCACAUUUGGGAAGACCAAAAGGCGCCUUCAUCUCCCGUCAAUGCAGCUCAAGAUGAUUACAAAUAAGUCUGAGAUGUAACUGAGCGUUCUGUAUCAAAUGGCACUACUCUAAGUGUCUGGGAAAUGUAAAUGCCACCCGUUGCUGGCUUUUCUCUGGUAUGACAUUGUGUCUGUAUGCACGGGGCAAGGACUGCCUAGCUCUGUCAAAAGAAGAGGGGGAAGGAUGACCUUUCCCCUCACCAGCACCAGCACCGGAAACGAACAGGAGGAUACACGGUAACUAGGCCACUGGCUGAAGCACUGAUUUCCUGAUAAACAAUUUUAAAAAGAGAGUUGUGUUCAACAACCGUGAGUGACCUCCGUCGUGCCAGAGUCGAAGUGAAAAUGCUUGUGUUAGAAGAGACUGCAGAUCCCCAGGCCUGGCUUUGGCUCCUAGCUCCUCUUUGCUGGUCUUAGGACCUUAAGCCAUGUAUUUGACCUCUCCAGAUUUAAUGUUGGCUUUUCCCAAGCAGAAAUGGCACAGACUGUGUUGCCUCUAUUUCCUAACUCCCAAAAUAGUAGGCCAGAACAGAGGCAUCAGAUGCUAGGCAUUCUCUCUAUCCAGUGUCACUAACACACCGGUACAUGGCUUGCCUAUGUCGGCCGAUAAGAAAUCAUCGUUGCAUCACCUCCAAAAACCUUCUAAGAAGUCACUAAUUUAAAUUUAAUAACAGGGAGAAAAUGAGCUAAUUAGCCAACCCUUUCCAGGUCAGAUUGCCAGUGGCUCUGCAGUCCCUCUAAGGCCAUCAUUGCUGUGUUUAAAGAGCACCCCUCAGGAGCCCUCUCAGCUGUGCUGUCUCCACCUAGCAGUCAGCAAAAAAGGAGCCACCUCAUGAUUCCUGGGAGACUAAUGAGGAUACAAGCUCAGUCAAGUGUGGCCACCAGCCAAAGGAACUCCGGUUCCUCAGAAUGUUCUGGGGAAGAAAAGCAGCAAUUCAGUUAUAACGAGGUGUUAUAAUGGUCAAGGGCCAGAUGGCCCCAGAUUAGAGGAUGUCUGUUCUCGUCUACAAAAUAAAAGGCUGGCUACAGGUGACACCCACUAAUCUAGAAAGACCUUAUCUGAAACCCUAGCGGAUGCUUGAAACCCAAGGCAGUAUUGAAUCCCCCUUGUAUUUGGCUUUUCCUCACAUACUUAUGUCAAGAUUUAAUUUAUAAAUUAGGCACAGUAAGAAAUUAACUGCAGUAACUAAUGGCACAAUGGUAUAAUUAGAACUAUAAGCUGUAAUAAAAGACUUUUGAAACUA